UCUUCUUUUGACAUCUUCUUCCUCUUUCAAUUUCUCUCUCUGUCUAUCUUCAUCUUCAUCCAUAGACUUAAUUUUAGUCCAUUUUUAACCAUUGAUUUCAUUUCUCUUUGUGUCUCGAACUUUUUUAUUUUCCUUUUUUAAUUUUCCCUUUUUUCUUCAUCUUUGCCAUUUAAUUGUUGACAAUUUACAUCUACAAUUGGAUUUAUCACAGUUUCUAUUCACUUGUUUUGUAGGUGAUUGUUUUUUUCUUACUAUUAAUUGUUGUUGUUUUUGUUGUUGUUUUCUACAACUUUGUUUCAAUUUAAAUGCUUUCAAUGCAUAACCAUAAUCAUCAUAAUCAUCAUCAUCAUCAUAUUGGACAUUCUCAUAAUCAUAAUCAACAUAAACAUCAUCCUUAUAGUUUUAAUUCAUCGAAUGUCCAUCAAAGGAUUCUGGCCAAUGUCCGAGAACGAAAACGAACUCAAUCUUUAAAUGAAGGCUUUGAUCUACUUCGAGCUAUUAUACCAACUUUACCUUCCGAUAAACUGUCCAAAAUCGCUACACUUCGAUUGGCUUGUAGAUAUAUUAGAUUUCUAGUUGAGAUAUUAGAGCAAAAAGAUGACCUUCCCCUUGAUGUCCAGUCAUUGUACAGAUUAUUUACCAUUUGGAGACUCGAAGAGGAAGUUGACAAAAGAUAAUUGUGUAAUUUACUAAUUGUAAUCAACUAUUUAUUUUCAGUGAUAAAUUUUUCUAACUGUCACUUUACCAAAUAAAAACUAUCAAAGAUUAAAU